AUGCACAGCAGUCUUGUAAUACAGAUCCGCAGAAAUAAGUUUAUAUUACACACUAGAUGUGAGAAGUACACCAAAGCAUUUUUAGAUAAAACCACAACUGGUAUAAAAGCCUGGAGAGUAAAACCCAAGUUGCACACUGACUCGUAUGCUCGUACUUUGCAGAUAUCUGAACCAAAUGAAUUUGACAUCAUGCUUGUAAUGCCUGUUCAAAGACUUCAGCUGGAUGAAUGUGAUGACACUGGAGCUUAUUUUUAUCUAACAUUCAAAAGAAAACCAAGAGAAAACUAUUUGUUGAAGUUCUUAGAUGAAGAUCAAAAGUUAUCAGCCUUUAAAAUGAUUGAUGCACUAAGAGACAUUAUAAAACGAGAAGUAAGGAACAUUAGAAAUGUGGAAGUAACUGUGGAAAGGAAAAAGGCUGGAAGCCCUGCAAUAACUCUUCAUAUCCGAAACCCUCCAGCAGACAUAUCAGUGGACAUCAUCUUGACUUUGGAAGUUCAGCAGAGCUGGCCACGGAGCACACAGGAUGGCCUCAAAAUUGAGCCGUGGCUUGGACGAAAAGUCAGGGGAGAGUUCAGAUAUAAACCACUUUACCUAGUAGCCAAACAAAACAAAAAAGAAAAGGUUCCAAGAGGAAACACCUGGCGAAUUUCUUUCUCACAUAUUGAGAAGGCCAUGAUGAACAACCACGGCAGCUCAAAGACAUGUUGUGAAGCUGAUGGACCAAAGUGCUGUAGGAAAGGUUGCCUCAAACUUAUGAAGUAUCUUCUAGAGCGACUUAAAAUGAAACAUAAAAAAGAGUUGGAAAAAUUCUAUUCGUAUCUUGUCAAAACUGCCUUUUUCCACAUGUGUGUCAAGUAUCCAAAUGACGCGGACUGGAGUUUGGGAAACCUGGAGGACUGCUUUCAGAGAUACCUGACCUAUUUUCUGAAUUGCCUGCAACAGUCUCAGCUGCCACACUUUUUUAUUCCUCAAUACAACCUGCUCAGCCUGGUAGACAGAACAAGCAGUAAUUUCCUUUCAAGACAAAUAAAUUAUCAAUGGAACAACGGAUUCCCGAUAUUUGAGGAGACGCCUUAA